AUGGCGAGACUCGUUGAAGAUCCCCAGAUCAAAUACGCGUCGCUACACAACCCCAUACCUACCCAGCUGCACACCUACGUCUGGCCGUUCUUGAUCAUCUGGCCAGCCUUCUUUGCCUUCUACCUCUCCCCCGAGCGCUAUGAUACGUACAUCCAAGGACAGGAAUGGACUUUUGUUUGGUCUGGAUCGAUUAUCACCCUUCAGUCGCUCCUCUGGUUGAUGACAAAAUGGAAUAUCAACAUCCGUACCUUGUUUACGGCGACCAAGGCCAGGUCUCCCGAUUCUGCCCAGCUUAUCAAGGUGAUUCCAGAGGCCAAUUCCGGCUCCGCUGAGAUCUGUCGCUUGGUUCGGGAUACACUGGGAGGAGUUACCACAACCUCGUUCUUGUUCCAGAAAAGGCGCUUCAUUUACUACCCCGAACGUAAAGCCUUCGCGCCCCUAUCUUACGUUCUGGAUGCGGAGCCCAAGCCUGCCCUCAAGUCGUUCCAGGAGGCUAAGGGUUUCACCUCCAAGGCUGAGGUUGAACGCGUCCAGCAUCACUAUGGCGAUAACACCUUCGACAUUCCUGUGCCUGGGUUUAUUGAAUUGUGGCAAGAGCAUGCGGUAGCACCAUUCUUUGUCUUUCAGAUUUUCUGCGUUGGAUUGUGGAUGUUGGAUGAAUACUGGUACUACUCCUUGUUCACUCUCUUUAUGCUCGUUAUGUUCGAGAGCACUGUUGUGUGGCAGCGACAGAGGACCUUGAAUGAAUUCCGCGGGAUGAACAUUAAACCCUACGACACUUGGGUCUACCGGGAGAACAAGUGGCAGGAAAUCACUAGUGACAAGCUGCUCCCCGGCGACCUGAUGUCAGUGAACCGGACCAAGGAAGAUGGCGGUGUUGCGUGCGAUAUCCUUCUCAUUGAGGGUAGCGUUAUUGUCAACGAAGCUAUGCUUUCUGGAGAAAGUACACCACUCCUUAAAGAGUCUGUUCAGCUUAGACCUUCUGAUGAUUUGCUCGAACCGGACGGACUAGAUAAGAAUGCUUUCGUACAUGGAGGAACCAAGGUUCUUCAGAUUACCCACCCGAACUCCACCAACGGCGAUGAAGCACAGCAGAAGACGUCCAAGGUCAGUGCGCCUCCUGACAAUGGGGCUAUCGGUAUUGUCGUGAAGACUGGAUUCGAGACUAGCCAAGGUAGCCUUGUUCGCACUAUGAUUUACUCUACGGAACGGGUCUCUGCCAACAACGCGGAAGCUUUGCUUUUCAUCCUGUUCCUCCUGAUUUUCGCCCUUGCUGCGUCCUGGUAUGUCUGGCAGGAGGGUGUUGCCAGGGAUCGCAAGAGGUCGAAGUUGCUGCUAGACUGUGUUCUCAUCGUUACGAGCGUUGUUCCUCCGGAGCUUCCCAUGGAGCUCAGUCUUGCUGUCAAUACCAGUUUGGCCGCUCUUAGCAAGUUCGCGAUUUUCUGCACUGAACCCUUCCGCAUCCCAUUUGCUGGACGCGUUGAUGUUGCAUGCUUUGACAAGACCGGUACUUUGACCGGUGAGGAUCUAGUCGUCGAUGGUGUUGCCGGUCUAACCCUUGGACGCACUGGCGCAAAGGUUGAAAAGGAUGGAGCUCAUACUGAACUGAGCAAGGGCAACGGCAUCCCGGCCGAUACCACCCUUGUUCUUGCCAGCGCUCACGCUUUGGUGAAGUUAGAUGAAGGUGAUGUUGUUGGUGACCCAAUGGAGAAAGCGACUCUUAACUGGCUUGGAUGGACAUUGGGUAAGAACGAUGUUCUUACUAGCAUGAGUGGGUCGGCGGGUGGCGCUCCUCGCUCUGCUGAAUCGGUUCAGGUCAAGAGGCGCUUCCAGUUCUCGUCUGCUUUGAAGCGACAGAGCACGAUUGCAACCGUCAUCACCAACGACCGUAAGACAAACAAGAAGAUCAAAUCCACUUUCGUUGGCGUGAAAGGUGCGCCGGAGACUAUUGGAACCAUGCUUGUUGACAUGCCGCCAAACUACGAGGAAACCUUCAAGUAUUUCACUCGUAAUGGUGCUCGUGUUCUUGCUCUUGCCUACAAGUAUCUCUCCCCCGAAGCCGAACUCUCGCAGGGACGGAUCAACAAAUAUACCAGGCAGGAGAUUGAGUCCGAUCUGACGUUUGCUGGUUUCCUUGUCUUGCAAUGCCCAUUGAAGGAAGACGCUAUUAAGGCCGUACGCAUGCUCAACGAGAGCAGCCACCGUGUCGUUAUGAUUACUGGAGAUAACCCGCUUACUGCUGUUCAUGUUGCACGUCAAGUUGAGAUCGUGGACCGCGACGUUUUGAUCCUUGAUGCUCCCGAACAUGAUACUUCAGGUACUAGAGUGGUGUGGCGAAGCAUUGAUGAUAAAGUCAACAUUGACGUCGAUCCUACGAAGCCGUUAGAUUCAGAGGUCUUAAAGACGAAGGAUAUUUGUAUCACUGGUUAUGCGCUGGCUAAGUUCAAGGAUCAAAAGGCUCUUCCUGAUCUUCUUCGCCACACCUGGGUCUAUGCUCGUGUAUCCCCGAAGCAGAAGGAGGAUAUCCUCCUUGGCCUCAAGGAUGCUGGAUAUACAACUUUGAUGUGCGGUGAUGGUACCAACGAUGUUGGUGCGCUGAAGCAAGCCCAUGUCGGUGUCGCGCUUCUGAACGGCUCUCCGGACGACCUGACUAGAAUUGCUGAACACUAUCGGACCACUAAGAUGAAAGAGAUCUAUGAGAAGCAGGUGGGCAUGAUGCAACGCUUUAACCAGCCCGCCCCUCCUGUACCUGCUCAGAUUGCCCAUCUCUACCCGCCUGGCCCCGGAAACCCUCACUACCAGAAGGCUAUGGAAAGAGAGGCAGCGAAACGAGGUGCAAGGAAUGCGGCAAACCAGCCGGACGAAAUCCCCACCAUCACGUCGCCUGGUGCGCAAGCGUUACAGCAGUCUAAUCUGAGCACUCAGCAACAACGCCAGCAGCAGGCUUCAGUGGCGGCUGCCGGGUUUGCGGACAAGCUUACUUCGUCCAUGAUGGAACAGGAGCUCGAUGACACUGAGCCCCCAACUAUCAAGCUGGGAGAUGCUUCUGUUGCUGCGCCUUUCACCAGUAAAUUGGCCAAUGUCAUUGCCAUCCCCAAUAUCCUUCGUCAAGGACGUUGCACUCUCGUCGCGACAAUCCAGAUGUACAAGAUCCUGGCUCUCAACUGUCUGAUUAGUGCCUACAGUUUGAGUGUUAUUUACCUUGAUGGUAUCAAAUUCGGUGACGGCCAAGUGACCAUCAGCGGUAUGCUGAUGAGUGUUUGCUUCCUUUCAAUUUCUCGUGCCAAGUCUGUCGAAGGCCUGUCUAAGGAACGCCCCCAGCCAAACAUUUUCAACGUCUACAUCAUUGGCUCUGUCCUUGGACAAUUUGCCAUCCAUAUUGCAACUUUGAUUUACCUCUCCAACUAUGUGUACAGCAUUGAACCGCGGGAAUCUGAUAUCGAUCUGGAGGGCGAGUUCGAGCCGUCGCUGCUCAACAGCGCCAUUUACCUCCUCCAGCUCAUCCAGCAGAUUUCCACAUUUUCUAUCAACUACCAGGGCCGUCCGUUCAGAGAGUCUAUUCGCGAGAAUAGAGCCAUGUACUGGGGGCUGGUUGCCGCGUCCGGUGUUGCAUUCUCGUGCGCAACUGAGUUCGUUCCCGAGUUGAACGAGAAGCUUCGCCUUGUCCCGUUCAGCAACGAGUUCAAGGUCACUUUGACCGUUCUGAUGGCACUCGACUACGGUGGCUGCUGGGUAAUCGAGAACGUUCUCAAGACACUCUUCAGUGAUUUCCAACCCAAGGACAUUGCUGAACGCCGUCCCGACCAACUCCAGCGGGAAGGUGAGCGCAAGCAGAAGGAGGCACUUGAGAAGGGCCCCGCAAAUGGACAGCCAAGGGCCGCUUAG